CUAGAAGCAGCUUCUCGGCUCCUUCUGGAACCUCUGUCAGGUUCAGCCUACUCAUCUCCACUCCUGCCUCCACUCCGGCCUCCACCAUGUCCAUCAGGGUGACCCAGAAGUCCUACAAGAUGUCCACCUCUGGCCCCCGGGCCUUCAGCAGCCGCUCCUACACGAGCGGGCCUGGCUCCCGCAUCAGCUCCUCCGCCUUUUCCCGGGUGGGCGGCAGCAGCAGCAGCUUCCGGGGUGGCCUGAGCAGCAGCAUGAGUGUGGUCGGGGGCUACGGCGCCGGGGCCGGGGGCAUGGGAGGCAUCACGGCUGUCUCAGUGAACCAGAGCCUGCUGAGCCCCCUUAAGCUGGAGGUGGACCCCAACAUCCAAGCUGUGCGCACCCAAGAGAAGGAGCAGAUCAAGACCCUCAACAACAAAUUUGCCUCCUUCAUCGACAAGGUGAGGCACCUGGAGCAGCAGAACAAAAUUCUGGAGACCAAGUGGAGCCUCCUACAACAGCAGAAAACCGCUCGGAGCAACAUAGACAACAUGUUCGAGAGCUACAUCAGCAACCUCCGGCGGCAGCUGGACACCCUGGGCCAGGAGAAGCUGAAGCUGGAGGUGGAGCUUGGCAACAUGCAGGGGCUGGUGGAGGACUUCAAGAAUAAAUAUGAGGAGGAGAUCAAAGAGCGUGCAGACAUGGAGAAUGAAUUUGUCCUCAUCAAGAAGGAUGUGGACGAAGCUUACAUGAACAAGGUAGAGCUGGAGUCCCGCCUGGAAGGGCUGACCGACGAGAUCAGCUUCUUAAGGCAGCUGUAUGAAGAGGAGAUCCGUGAGCUGCAGUCCCAGAUCUCGGACACGUCCGUGGUGCUGUCCAUGGACAACAGCCGCUCCCUGGACCUGGACGGCAUCAUUGCCGAGGUCAAGGCCCAGUACGAGGACAUCGCCAACCGCAGCCGGGCUGAGGCCGAGACCAUGUACCAGAUCAAGUACGAGGAGCUGCAGACACUGGCUGGGAAGCACGGGGAUGACCUCCGUCGCACGAAGACGGAGAUUUCUGAGAUGAACCGGAGCAUCAGCCGACUCCAGGCUGAGAUCGAGGCCCUCAAAAACCAGAGGGCUGCCCUGGAGGCGGCGAUCGCCGAUGCCGAGCAGCGCGGGGAGCUGGCCCUCAAGGACGCCAAUGCCAAGGUGGCCGAGCUGGAGGCCGCCCUGCAGCGAGCCAAGCAGGACAUGGCCCGGCAGCUGCGCGAGUACCAGGAGCUCAUGAACGUCAAGCUGGCCCUGGACAUCGAGAUUGCCACCUACCGCAAGCUGCUGGAGGGCGAGGAGAGCCGGCUGGAGUCUGGGAUGCAGAACAUGAGUAUCCAUACUAAGACCACCAGUGGCUACUCAGGUGGCCUGAGCUCAGCCUAUGGGGGCCUCACAAGCCCCGGCCUCAGCUAUGGCCUGAGCGCCUUCCAGUCCAGCUUUGGCCCUGCUGGUUCCUUCAGCCGCAGCGGCUCUUCGAAGGCGGUGGUCGUGAAGAAGAUCGAGACCCGUGACGGGAAGCUGGUGUCCGAGUCGUCUGAUGUCCUGUCCAAGUGAACAGCCACGGUGGUCCCUCCCAGCCUCCUCACUCUUGUGGCUGCCAGAGAGCCUUUGGGGGGGGAAGGAGCUGUGCCCGGGAGCGUCGGGAACAGGAGAGCCACCCAAGACCCAGCCCUAGUCCUCAGCCUGCCUUUGGGGGGAGUCUUUUGCCCUGGGUACCCCCUCUCGUCCGUGCCGCCAACUAAAAGCCAACUCAAGUAUCUUUUCCCAAAUAAAGCCUCAGCUGACUCUGCCAAUCCCA